AUGCUGAGGGAGGGAAUUCUGCCGCCAGCAGAUGGAGAGGAGACUGAGAUCAGCUUGGUCCCUCCCAACCACGCUCCCUCUGGGAUUAGCUGCCCCUGGCACUGCUCAGGCGUACCCAGCCCGUGCGGCCUCUGCUCGCACAGCUCCCGUCGCCUGUCUGCAGCGCGGACGCAGUCGCAAGUCCGCAGCCAGCAGAGCCAAGCUGUCUGGGGCAUCUCCGCGCUCCGUGUCCGCGGACCUGGAACCUCGAACGGGCGCGAACGCCACUCGGAACGCGUGCAUCUCUGGAGCGCGGUGACUGUCCUUGAGCGCGGAGGGGCGAGCUCGCCGCCAGAGCGCCGGAGCAAGAGGAGGCGCAGGAGCGGAGGCGGCGGCGCCCGAGCAUCCGAGGGGGUCCGAGCCCCGGCAGCCGGCCAGCCCCGCGCCACAAAGGGAGCGCCCCCGCCGCCUGGCACACCACCUCCCUCCCCAAUGUCCUCGGCCAUCGAGAGGAAGAGCCUGGACCCGUCUGAGGAGCCAGUGGAUGAGGUGCUGCAGAUCCCCCCAUCCCUGCUGACAUGUGGAGGCUGCCAGCAGAACAUCGGGGACCGCUACUUCCUGAAGGCCAUCGACCAGUACUGGCACGAGGACUGCCUCAGCUGUGACCUCUGCGGGUGCCGGCUGGGCGAGGUGGGCCGGCGCCUCUACUACAAGCUGGGCAGGAAGCUCUGCCGCAGAGACUAUCUCAGGCUCUUUGGCCAGGACGGCCUCUGCGCAUCCUGUGACAGGCGGAUCCGUGCCUACGAGAUGACGAUGCGGGUGAGGGACAAAGUGUAUCACCUGGAAUGUUUCAAAUGUGCCGCCUGUCAGAAGCAUUUCUGUGUGGGUGACAGAUACCUCCUCAUCAACUCCGAUAUAGUGUGUGAACAGGACAUCUAUGAGUGGACUAAGGUCAAUGGGAUGAUAUAGGCCAGAUGCCCCAGCAUCUCUGGAGAGGUGUUUCACUGAAGUCACUGUCUCCGUGGGGUCUUCACUCUUAGGCAUUUGGGGGAUUUGAGGGUGGGCUGAGACAUUUCUUAGGGGAUGAAAGACCCUAAUUGGACACCAAGAACCAAUACACAGCAUCCAAGUGACAUAAUGCAAGGGGGCAAAACUUAAACGUGACAAAAUGACUGGCCUUGAGGGAGACCUUAUGGACAAUGGCCACAGCCUAUGGGUAAUAACUGACAUGAUUAGCGAGGGAGAGAGUGUUGGGGCUUCUGUGCCGUCGUGAUGGAACUUCCCAUCUACAGAUGGGGACUUGUCCUGCCCAGACUUGUUAUGUCUUUAACCCUUGAAAACUAGAGAUGUGCAAUUGAUUUCUUUUCUUCCUGGCUUUUAUGAGAACCCUGUUCCAACCACUGUCCUCCACACAAGGGAAGGACAGAGAGAAGAGUGGCCAUCCUUUUCUUCUUGGCCACCUUCCCAAGGCCUUAAGCUUUGGACCCAAGGGACACUGCAUGGAGACCACAUUUCAGUUGAGAAUGAAAACUGCAACUUUUAACCAAACAAUUCUUUAAAGCAUUGCUGAUGAAUCACUGUUUUUAGACACCUUAGUUUUGAAGUGAGGAGUUCCACAGAUUGUUUCUAUACAGAUGUAAAUCUAAAAAAAAAAAAGUUGU